AUGGCUGCCGUGCGUCCCAUGAUGACGGAGGCAUCCGGCUUCCACGUCCUUCCAGCGCACCUGAUGGCCUCGGCCAUGGAGGAGUUCCCGCAGCAGCUGCCCGUUCCUAAGGGCCCCUCCAAGGGCAAGUGUCGCUCCCGGCGACCCCGCGAGGCCCGAUUCAAAACCCAGCCGGUCACCUUUGCCGAGAUCGCCGAGGUGGUGGACGAGGAAGGCUCUUCGCCUCUGGAGGAGGAACGUGCGCGACGCUCCUUUCUGCAGUCCUUGGAGAACCUGAGGAGGAGCACGCAGACCCUGCACUGCUCGCCGGUCGUCCAACAUAAGUGCGCCCGUUCGCCCACGCAGGACUCAAGUGACUCCGACUCCACCCAGUGA